GGAGGCUCUCGACCAUUUUUUAUUCUGCACACUCAUGAUAUUCAUAAUCGAUUUUACCCCAUCGAGGAGGAAAUACAGAGCUUUCAAACUGAAAUAAUAAUAAUAAUAGAUAUUAUAUUUAUUAAUAAUAAUAAUAAUAAUAAUAAUAAAGGGGAGGAGGAGAAGUUGUUUUGGAGUCACUGAGCUUAUUUCCAGGGAAAAGAGGCUUUAUGAGGAUGUUCUGAAGAAGAAAAAUGCCACUUUGACUCAUCCUGAAUCAUACAGCAGAAGGUGGAAAUCGUAUACCUAGGAUGUUUGCCAGCUGUAAUAAAACCAAGCUCCUUGGAGUGAUGAUGAUGGUCAACUUCCUGAUUUACAUUCUGGUGGAGGUGACACGGAGUUAUGGCAAAUGGGACCCCACGAAGCCCCAUGUAACAUCUGAGCGAUUCUGGAAUAAGCUUGAAUUCAGCAAGGCCUAUUGGAACCGCAAACAGCAGCGUCUUGACUAUGUUCACAACCCGCUAAUUGUUCCUAACCCUACUGGCGUCGUCAGCACGUCUCUCCCAGGGGUCACGCAACCAUCCAACCAUUCGAACGACACAACCAAGAUGGCGCGUUGCAAACCGGACUUUACAAUAACCACUCAGAUUAAGGAUUACAGUUCUCUGCCUCAGCGUUUCAAAGAUUUCCUGUUGUAUAUGCAGUGUAGGUCAUACCCAAUGCUAAUCGAUGCCCCAGAUGUGUGUUCGAAAGCACCUUUCUUGCUGCUUGCUGUGAAAUCCCUGACUCCUCAUUUUGACCGGCGCCAGGCUAUCCGGGAGUCCUGGGGCCGCGCAGGGAUCCUUGCCAACCACACUGUGGUCACCGUCUUCCUCUUGGGCAAGACAGCAGAAAGUGAUUACUUCCCGAAUGUUACAGAGAUGCUUCGUUUUGAGGCGUCGCUGCAUGGCGACCUGCUUCAGUGGGACUAUCGUGACACGUUCUUUAACCUCACGUUGAAGGAAGUGCUGUUCCUUGACUGGCUGGUUGAGCGCUGCCCGUCAGCCCGCUACAUCUUCAAGGGUGACGACGACGUCUUUGUGAACACCCAAAGCAUCCUGAAUUUCCUCAGUGGACUCUCAGAGACCAAGGCGCGAGAUUUAUUUGUUGGGGACGUGAUCAGUAAUGCCGGGCCGCACCGGGACAAGAACCUGAAGUACUACAUCCCAGAGAACAUCUUUGUUGGAGGUUAUCCACCGUAUGCAGGUGGCGGAGGUUACCUGUACUCUGCUAAUGUAGGGAUCCGGUUGAGAAACAUCUCUCAGGAAGUCACGCUCUUUCCCAUUGAUGACGUCUACACCGGUAUGUGCCUGCAGAAACUCGGCCUGGUGCCGGAGAAGCACCACGGAUUUCGGACUUUUAACAUACUGGAAAAAGACAGGGAGAAUGCCUGCAUCUAUAAAAGUUUAAUGCUGGUGCAUCCCAGGAGUCCGCAGGAGAUGAUUAAAAUCUGGACUUGGAUUAGCAACCCUGGGCUGAACUGCCAGUGAGAUCUGACUGUGGUCCAGUCGUGGUGAAGUUCCAUGGCUGAACUUCAGAUGAGUGCAGGAUACAAUUGUUAAUAUAUUAUUGUCUUAUCUGUUUGAAACUUAAGUGAAGGUGUUAGCUAGCUAGUAGCGGUGCACUUCAGCCUUAAAGCUUCAACCUGUGCAGCAAAUAUUUUGUUUCACCCAUGUUUUAACACAAUGCUAUUUUUUUUAUUUUAAUGUCUUUUUAAAAUAUUUUAAUAUAUUUUACAAUAAGUUUACAAACCUAAACAUUUACACUUACAGAUUUAUUUCCCUGCAUUUCAGGGUUCACUUAUUUUUAUUUUUUUAAAUACGCGAUAAAAUAUCAAACUAAUUUUAAAAGGUUUAUUUUUAAAUAAACGUUUUGCUGUUUUAUUGGAAAUCCUGCAUAUCCUGAAGCAUCUUAAAGGGGACACGUCGUACUAUUCCAUGAGAUGCUUCUGUUAAAAAAUUGGAAAAACGCCGCUUUAGCAUGCUAAGAAAACUUACAGGAUAAGAGAGCCUGAUUUUGAGGGUGUGCCUUUAAAUUUAAAAAUGUAAAUAGCUUUGCUCUGAUUGGCUAACAAUCUAUGCAUAUGGAUGAGAGGGAGUGAGAGUGUGUGGUGAAUGUUCGCCAGUCAGGGCAAGCAGGUCCUUGUCAACUCUAUCGUUAAAUUGGGCAAUCCGUUAACAGAACUGACGGUAACAGAGUUGACAUUUUUCACCGUUUUGUGCCUUAACUCCACAUGCUGACCUCAAACUAUCUCCCACACGGCAUGUCUAAAAACAGAAUUUUAUGGAUUUUAAUCCUAUUAUUGUUUUUUUUUUUUUUAAAGCCUGAGGGAUUCACCCCAAUAUCACAGUAACAGUUGACGAAUAAUGAAUCUCCUGUUAGUGUAAAAUCCUCAGUUUUUUGUUCAGAUUAAUCAGAGAAGAAACAGAACGCACCUCACUGCCUUUCUGAAGUUUUCUGCCAGAGGAAGUGACCUCACUCGGUGCAGGCGUCAUGCGCAUUAUUGUUAAAAGUCUUUGUGGAUUUGAUGCGGUUUUAUAACAGAAUUGACAAGAACAUUGGGACGGACGAUAAAUGUUUUUUUUAUGACUGAAAUUUCACGUAAUACAGAAAAUACUUUCUAUGCAAUUGAUUUUAUAACAGUUACUAGAAUAAGCCCCCAAAAAACAGACUGUUAGACUGAAUCACUUCCUGUUUAUUUAAGAUGAAUAUCGAAGAAACCUUUAUUCGUCACAUGCACACUUCAAGCACAGUGAAAUUCAUCCUCUGCAUUUAGCCCAUCUGAAGCAGUGAACACACGCACACACUCAGAGCAGUGGGCAGCCACACCAGAGCGCCCGGGGAGCAGUCAGGGGUCAGGUACCUUGCUCAAGGGCACCUCAGCCCAAGGCCGCCCCACGUCAACCUAACUGCAUGUCUUUGGAUUGUGGGAGAAACCGGAGCACCUGGAGGAAACCCACACGGACACGGGGAGAACGUGCAAACUCCACACAGAAAGGCCCUCGCCGGCCACUGGGUUCGAACCCGGAACCUUCUUGCUGUGAGGCGACCGUGCUAACCACUACACCAUUGUGCCGCCCCGUGGGGGAGGGGUGGGAGUCAUUUAGUUAAUGUUUUAUGGAUGAAUUGGGUCUAAAAUGGACACCAAGCAUCACUGUUGGGGAAAGUUUGUCGUAAUUUGCGUUAUUGUUAUUCGACAAGGAUUUAUUUUGCGGAAAAUAACAAAAGGUUUAUCUCGGAGAUGCGAAAUGUACCGCGAAUUCUAGAAUGACCCGUGGUGUGUACGUAUAAAUUUACGUAGGUUUUUGAGAAGAACGAACCAAGGGUUCACUUCACAAACUUUAAAACCAUCUCAGGGAAUAAUAUAAAAUAAUCAAAAAGUAUAUGGCAUGUCCCCUUUAACAGUGUCAACCAUUUUUAUAUUUGGCAAUAAUCACCACGGUCUCGGAACAUAUGAGACCUACUGGUUUUGAACUAAGAGUCUUGAUUUAAAAGCCCUGUUUUUGGAGCACACUAUGUGAAAUUGCCUUUCGUUGAAUAUUUCUCCCAUCCGUUGUCCCUCGUCUCUCCUGUGUAUGUAGGGAUCUUUCGUUGGCCAAGUUCCAAAUUGCACCGUGCUCCCUAGACAAGUGCAUUACAAAGGGUGAGAGAAUGGUUUCGACGCCCUAUGUGGUGUACUCUGUGCUCAGCAUGUAGUAGUUUGGGAUUCAGCCACUGACUCGAGUCCUCAACAAUUGGUCUGUGAGUUUCUUCAGCCAUGAAACCAGUGUUGUAAAGGCUAGAAAAACUGACGUUCAAAAUAGGACGCUGUUUAAAAUCUAAUAACUCAGAAUUAUUUAUCAGUUAUAGGUCCAGGUUUGGAUAGGACGGUGUCUGGAUCUGGGCUGUGGUCCGUCCUUCAGUGACCUCAGCUCUACACCCGUUCUGUUUACUCUCACAUUAUUUAGGGUCAAGUCAGUGUAUUUGUUUCGCACUUUUAACAAUAGACAUUGUCGCGAAGCAGCUUUAUAGAAAAAUAAAGACUUUAAACAUCUCAUCUCAUUACCUCUAGCCGCUUUAUCCUGUCCUACAGGGUCGCAGGCAAGCUGGAGCCUAUCCCAGCUGACUACGGGCGAAAGGCGGGGUACACCCUGGACAAGUCGCCAGGUCAUCACAGGGCUGGACUUUAAACAUAUGAAAUAAUAAUAAUUUUAUCCCUGAUGAUCAAGCCUGUGGUGACAGUAGUGAGGAAAAAUGCUCUCAGAUGACACAAGGAAGUAACCUCAAAUGGAACCAGACUAAAAAAGGAACACUUCCUGAUCUGUGUGAGAACAGAUAAUAUGAUAUAUAUAUAUGUAACUGUGUCCUGUAUAGUCACUGUGUAAUAACCAGGAAAUUCAUUAUAGUUCUAAUGUGAAGUCCGUUUUGUUGAACUGUCCACUGAUAGAGACUUGAGUGCGAAACGGUUCAUGUCAAUCGAAGUCCGAAACCGUCAUAGCAAACCUGUAAGUAUCCAGAACCAUCUUCUAAGCGUGUCUUUCCACUGUCCAUAUGGGGUCGUCCUCUGCAGGAGCGAUAUGAUGAGAACUCGCUUCCGCCAGAAGUAGGGCAUCAGGGUGGAUCAGGCAGAUCCGAAGAUGAAUCAAGUUCAUCUUGCAGAUAUUCAACUAACAAACUAAUAAUGGUGUUCAUGUUAUUGUGGAUCCUGUGGCAAUUAACACCAAUAACUUGCUAGAAAUUUAGCAUGCAUCCAUUACCUCAGCAGUUAGCGUUAGCAAGUGAUAAACAGUCCAAAAAAACUCCUCACACACAGCAUAAUUUUUUUUUAAUAAUAAAUGCUACAUUUCCAUUGUCUGCAGUUUUGCCAAUGGACAGUUGGUAUUGAUCCGUCUUUUUAGUAGCAAUUUCAAUAUCAGUCCUGUGUUGUGAUGGCAAAACAAAACUAUCCGCUUACAAUGUUCAAACCAAAGAUUAAGUUGAGUACCUUAAUUUAAACACAACUAACUAGCUCACAAAGACCAAAAGUUAUCACUGCAGUAGCUGAUAGAUAAACUAUACAUUAACUGUAUCUGUUAAUUCGCUAAUAUCUUUAAGGAAGUAAAAUAUUAAAUCAAGUUUCGUUACAGGCAUUCCUACAGUAGCUAAACUAGUUCAAAACUUGAUCUUAAUCAUUACAGUGCUGUAAAUCUGUUGUUCGGUCGAGUAGGCAAACUGUGUGAAGGAAAGAAACGGAUUGUUUGUCCAAGAUGGCCGCCUUCAUAACAUUCCAGUGCUCAGCUACACUGAAGUUUUAUUCAUGUUUAGAGAUGACAGGAAGUCACACUGUGAUCUGAAUCACAUCAGGAGGUCUGUAUGAUAUCGCCAAACUACUCAAUGUGGUUUGAUAAAGCGAUUGACGGACAGAUUUUUUUCAGAUUUUUGGGUUGGUAGGUGCAUUUAUGUCAAUAGUUCCAGGGCAAAACAUUACCUGAUUUGGUUUAAAGCUAGACUGCCUUUCAGAGUUUUCAAGUUUAGGUCAUAAAAAGAAUUUUCCCCGACGCCCAAUUAUUUUGUUUAGUGGACCGAAAGCUAUGAAUCCGAAUCAUGGACUUCCAAUUUUAUUACUUUUUUUUUUAAAUAGAACAAUUAAUGAAUUUAGAGUCAUGUGGCCCUAAAUUCUCUAUUUUUUCCAGCUUCACCAUGACCCGAUACAAGAUACUACGUCAUGCAUCGCAUCCCGUGGUGGGCUUUCCUUGUUCGCGCAAGGCAUUGUGGGAUACAAAUUUGAAACCGGAGAGAAAAAUAGAGGAUGUGAGUGUGCGAAUGAAACGUGAAAGACCGACUACAGUAACGGAAAGCGAGACGUGAGAAGAAAAGACGUUAUGUUAUAUACAAAGGAAAGGAAUCGCAGGAAAUAUCAACCUAAUAAAUAUCGGCGCUCAGCGAGCACCUCGGUGUGAUCAGCUGUUCAUUUAGCGACAGAAUGAUGGAACUGUCAGUGCACGCUCAAAGAUAAACCUGCGCAUGCGCGCACACACACACAGACUUCCUGUCUGCUUGACUGCACAAAGCGAGCGAUUUCAUGUACAUUAUUUGCUUUAAUCCCCUCAAAUUAAAUAACUUCCCAGCCACAGAAUGGCCUGAUAUUUUGUGAGAUAUUAUAGAAAUAAACAUCUAUCACAAUGACCACAUUUCAGACGGAACUAAAUUUCACCGAUUUUAUGAAAUGGAAAGGCCGUCUAGCUUUAACAGAGCGGGUAAUGUUUAAACUUUUAUUCUUAUGCAAACUACAGUAUUUUUUUUCCUAUAAUGAAGAAUGAUCAGUUCAUAUAAUGGAUUAUUUCAUUUGUAAGUCAUUGUAAUAAGCAUAAGAAAACUUUUUUUUGUUGUUAAUGAUCAUCAAACAGUAAAUUAUAACCCGUUGUUGUUUUUGACUUGAAUGGGACCAGAGAUUACCUCAUUAACCUGUAGAAGCACUUGUGAUACUUUUGCAUCUUUGACGUUUACAAGUAUGUGAUUAAUAAUGUGCAGGAAUUUUAUUGUAAAUAACUCGGAUUGGCCUCAAACUAGACCUGGAUUUAAGUGAAUCUGCACUCAAGUGCACGCCGUAGGGACCAAAAGCCAUAAUCUUAUCCUAAAUCGUGUAUUAAAUAUAAUAUGUAUAAAAUAUGGAACAAACUAUAGAUUAUGUUUAAAAAAUAAUGUACAUGUUAAUGCUAACUGUUCGGAUGAAGGGGAUCAAGAAAUAGUUUUAGACUUUAAAAACAAAGUUAUUUUCCAUGUUGGGCAUUCUGAAUAUUAUUGUAUUUAUGUAUUUUUAUGAAUUGUGUUUAUGUAUGUAUGUAUGUGUGUGAGAGAGAGAGAUUGUCAAUCUUUCCAAGUUUUAAACAAACUAGAUUUCAGCAUUUCAGGAUUACAUUCUAUCAACCUUUUUUAAUUAAUAGGAAAAAAAUAACUUUGUUCUAUCUGAACUGCUAUAGUAAGUUAGUUUUUUUUUCUUGUUUGUUUUUUUAAUUUAUUAAACACUUUUUCCCCCAGUAAACCUACACAGCAUAAUAUCUUAGUAAGCAAAAAUAUCUUGACUACGUGAAAAUUCAACAACUAUUUCUUAUUAUAAAAUGAUUUACAGAUUAUUAAUCCUGCUUUUAAUUUGCUUUAAAUUGUCUUUUUCUACUGGCAAGUCAUUUUGCUUUUUUCCCAAGAAAUGAGUGCUUUAAAUUAUAACAAAUGUCAAUAAAACAAGAUUAUUUCAAGCUGGAAAUUAUUAAAAUAAAAAUCUAGAAUUUGGUUUAAUAAGUGUAUUUACAUUUAUUGCCAUUUUAUUACAUUCAUAAUAGGACGUGAUGAAUCUUGUCGUUCUCAAGAUAUUUUCUGUUGUAAAAGGGGUCUCUUUUUUUUUUUCUUUCUCUCUCGUUCCCCACUGUGUUACAUGAAAUGUUGUAGUGUUGUUUUUGUGGUUGUGUUAUCUUCAUAUGUCUUUUAAACCAUGCAAAACAGUCACCGGUUUUAGCAGUAAAUUGCACAUUACUGGAAAACAAGUGUCAUUUUGUCACUGAACGUGCUUACCUGACUGUUGCUUUGGUGCCUUGUGUCAUUUGUAAUAUCGUCUCGUCUUCUGCUUAUCCGGGGCCGGGUCACGGAGGCAGCAGUCUGAGCAUGGAAGCCCAAACUUCCCUUUCCCCAGACACCUCGGCCAGCUCCUCGGGAAGAACCCCGAGGCGUUCCCAGGCCAGCCGAGAGACAUAGUCCCUCCAGCGUGUCCUGGGUCUUCCCCGGGGCCUCCUCCCGGGGGACAUGCCUGGAACACCUCCCCAGGGAGGCGUCCAGGAGGCAUCCGAAAGAGAUGCCCAAGCCACCUUUGUAAUAUUAUUAUUAUUAUUAUUAUUAUUAUUAUUUUAUUAUUAUUUAUUAUUUUAUUAUUUUUUUUUUUUACACUCAAAGAUUAAAAUUGCACUGUGUACAUGUAUUUGUCAUUCUGUUAAUAUAACUUAAAAUUAAAUGAUAAUUUAAGGAACAA